UCAUAUUGGGACAUAUGUGACAUAUGUGAUAAGAGUGGGGGUUACAGCUAGGUCUAGAGAGACAACUCACCAUCUCAUUCAGCAGCUUGAGGAUGCUGAUUGUGAGCUCCUUUCCUGCAUGUAAAAAGGAUUCACAUUGACUCGGAUCAAGAAACAAUUGGCACAGCAGAGCUGUCUCGCAUCUGAAGGGACGUUCCUGAGCGAGCAGCCACUCAUGACGUGAACUUCUGAACACACCCAUUGAGAUAAAAAAAUAUAUACAAAAAUAAAAACACUGAGCAUCCGACGAACUCAGAGCAAGCAGCAGCCCACUUCCAAUUGUCAUGGCAACAGCAUGUGAAUGCAUUGGGCCAUAGGUGCAGACUGUAGAGUGGAUGUAGGAGUGCGGCAUCGGAAGCCACAGCUCUAUCUCCUGAAGCAAGCUGUAAGUGUAAAUGGUGAGAAACCAGACAUCACGCAGUAUAGAUCUCAUCUGGGAGUGUUUUUGUGCUCUGACUAUGGAUGAACAGGUAGCAGUUGCCAUGGCAAACACCCACUCUUUCUUUAUCAAGCACAAGACCAAGAUAAGUAGACAUUUUCUGACGUCCUUCCUUCUUCCCAGCCACAGCUCUCUCUCGCCCCUCUCCUACUCUCACUCUCUCUAUAUAUACAGUAUCCUUCUACUCAAUGAACUACGUCUUAAUUCAAAAGGGAAAUUAACUAAAGGCAGAAUAGCAUAUAUUGGUUUUAUUUCUGAGACCAAGAUGAACACCCCACUAUGCUCGCACUCACACAACUUGUUUCUUCUCUCUUCUCAUCCAGCUGAAUGAAAAGUGAAACCCCGUUCUCUAAAGAGGAGCCAUCUCUGCUUAGCCAAUCAGCCUGUGAUCUGCCUGGUCUCUGAGGAAAGUCUCUGAUGCCAUGGAGCACAGGGCCCUGAUGUAUACCAGUCAACCUUGGAAGGGGCCCAAGGGCUCCACCUUCACCCCCAACUGGGACACCCCAUCAUGCCGACCAACCGUCACAUCCCUUUGCCCUGACGUGGUAAAGUCCCCGUGUCAACAUGCUGCCAACAUAUGUCACCCUUCAGAAGUCCCUGUGACCUCGCAGUCCCAGCAGAUUGGCCCCCACGCCUCAACAUCCUCUGGGUUUUCUGCCACUGCCAACACUGCCAGUAGAAAAGGUGAAAAGGAGUGUAAUAUAGUCAUCCCCAUUCAAAAUGAGGAGACGGCCCUGCCAGCAUACAACCCUGGGUUUCGCGGACGCUCCUUCUCCGCAGCCACUGCCUCACACCCAGUCCCACCCAGACACAGAUGUGACAGCUACGUCCACCUAUGCCCCGACAACGGCUCAGAGGACACUAGCAGAGGCGACGCCUCCCAGUUGAGCCCAGACGUCUCCCCUGAUCACGGUGGUCCACGGUCGCGGUCCCGCAGCAUCAUCCUGAGGAAGACAAAGAGGAGGCCGGCGCCGCCAACCCGUAGCGUGUCCCUGAGGAGAGAAUCUGCCACCAAGCUCAGAGACAACAGGACUAAGAGCCUUUAUAUCGACAGGGACCCUGCCCCCCAUGACUCAUUCCUGCCUGACCUCAUCCUCAUCUCCACACCGAGGACAGAGGAGGUGCUGUGCCUGGAGCAGUCCCCUGCUCAGCCUGUACAGGCCCGGGUUGGGCCACCAGUCAACGACAAUGGGCAGCUACGUGAAGUAAGGUCUAUUGAGCCCUGCUGUCUCAUGUCAAGCUCAGGUCCUGCUAUGGGUGUACCUGUAAAUGAGGGAAGAAAAGCCUCCAGCAGGUCAGAAUCUGUCAGACCCCUUCCCCCCUUGCAACGCCCGCAGUCUCUAACUUGUAAGCAGUCCCCCUUCCAACAACCUGCCUCAGUCUCUCCCUCCAGUAGCCAGUCGAGCUCUCAGUGUGAGACUCAUUCCCCUCAUGUCCUCACAUCUGCCAUCACGGGACCCUCCCCCUUGGGCUGCAGGAUGCGCCCCAAGUCCUCCACCUCGCCCACCUCCCCCAGAUCCAGCAGGCUGCGGCUAUCCUUGGAGUUGCCAGGGGUCGUCCCUCUCCCAGACCCGGCGGUGAUCAAACCCAAAGCCACCCGGCGACACUCAGAGUCCUCUGGGUCGUCUGGCACCACCAGACCCAGACAGAGGCUGAGCUCCAGCAUGAUGGUGAUGCCUGUGGUGACCCAGGAGGAUCUCAGCAAUGUGCGUUUGCGUUCCGUCAGCAGCUCAGACUCUGACAAAGGCCUGGAGGGCUCACCUGAAGUCAUCAGGGAGGAGGAGCUGGAACAGGAGCUAGAGCUGGAGAGCUGCCCACUGGUCCACCACAGUCCUAAAGCUAAACCACCUGUUGCUGCUAAGCCCCCUGCACACAAAUGGCCACCGAUACAUUUGGUAAAGUCUUCCUCAGUCUCUACUCAUUUCCCAGAGACCGUUCCAGCCUCAUUAAGAGAGAGCCAGGGGGACAUGUAUAUGGUGGAAAGGAGACCAAAACCUAAAAGGUCGCACCAGCUUCCUCGUGUUGCCAGUGAUGGGGUUAUGGUUGAGAGGCAGCAAGCUGUAGACAGGCAACAAUAUGAUGACCCACACCCACCACCCACCUCCUGCCAUUCAGAGAACAGGGAUGUCAGAAGGACCUCUCCCACCAGGACCUCAUUUCUCCUAGCUGAACUGGAUAGGAAGAAGAAGAUGGUUCCCCCUCCAGUCGCAAAGAAACCGGAUGUCCUCUUCAUGUCCUCCAUCAGCUCACUGGGACAGAAGAGUAAUAGGAACCAUGCCUGGUCUGGGCCCAGUGGUGCUUACCAGUCUCCUGCCAGUGCAUACCAGUCUCCUGCCAGUACAUACCAGUCUCCUGCCACUGCAUACCAGUCUCCUGCCACUGCAUAUCAGUCUCCUUCCACUGCAUACCAGUCUCCUGCCAGUGAUUACCAGUCUCCUGCCACUGUAUACCAAUCUCCUGCUACUGCAUACCAGUCUCCUGCCAGUGCAUACCAGUCUCCUGCCAGUGCAUACCAGUCUCCUGCCACAACAUACCAGUCUCCUGCCACUGCAUACCAGUAUCCUGCCAGUGCAUACCAGUCUCCUGCCACUGCAUACCAGUCUCCUGCCAGUGCAUACCAGUCUCCUGCCACAACAUACCAGUCUCCUGCCACUGCAUACCAGUCUCCUGCCACUGCAUACCAGUCUCCUGCCAGUGCAUACCAGUCUCCUGCCACUGCAUACCAGUCUCCUGCCAGUGCAUACCAGUCUCCUGCCACUGCAUACCAGUCUCCUGCCAGUGCAUACCAGUCUCCUGCCACUGCAUACCAGUCUCCUGCCAGUGAAUACCAGUCUCCUGCCACUGCAUACCAGUCUCCUGCCAGUGCAUACCAGUCUCCUGCCAGUGCUUACCAGUCUCCUGCCAGUGCAUACAGAGACAAAGACUUUACUGGACAAGAUCUCAACCAUCACAGUUUAAGAGAUGGGUUCGUCCUAGAUGAGAACUGUGAAGAGAGGAGGGCAAUGUCUCAGAUGAGAACACUGUGCCUCGGGGAGGAAGAGGAGGAAGAGUUGGAGUACAACUCACAGUCAACUACUGAGGACCUAUUCACCAUCAUACACAGGUCCAAGAAGAAACUCCUGGGUCGCAAAGAAACAGCUGACAGCAGGCAAGGUUACGGAUCCCCCAUUAAAGGCAUCCAGGGGGUUGUCCAGAAGUCAAGCUCCAAAAAUGACAACUUCAUGGCUUUUCUGCAGAGGCGGAGGAGCAAUAAACCCAACUCUGGGGAGAGACUGUCAGCCGCUGAACUGCUGAAGAGUACCAAACCACUGGUCGGUCAGCCAUAGAGCAUCAAACAACUCCAAUGUUUAUGUUUCUCAAUGUGUUGCAAACACUUAUCACUCAAUGUGGGGCAUGAGGGUGUGGUGGACAAUCAGGGACGGGACGGGGGGGGGGGGGGGGGGACUGGGAGAGGGACGGGGGGGGCUAUUGUUUAUAUUGCUUUACGUGCUACACCGACAACUUGUUUCUGUGAUGGCAAUACAGCGUACAGAGGUCUAACUGUGAAUAUGACAACAUGUUGCCCAGCUGUGUUUUGCUUAUGAGCUGAGACAAUCUAUCACGUCAACAUAUUUGUCUUGCCUUGACUUGUGAUGCUUACACCAUUUGUUUUUGAGCUGCCAACAUUUGUGCUUUUGGUCAUGUGUCGCUCAGAAAUAAAACAAAAAGCUGCUUGUGUGUCUA